CAGGUGGUAUAAAGGAGGAGAGGAAACACCAGAGCACACAGAACGCAUCCAUAAGCGGGAGGUACGAUGAAGGGAAACGGAGAGCUCAAGAGGCCGUGGGACACCUGUCGGGAGGUUCCUGUAAUUGAAGACGAGCACACACCUUGGAAGUUGUUAAAGCUUCUAAAGAUCAUCGCUUUGUUUGCAGUUGCCAUCAUUGUGUUUGGAUUGGCAAUAUGUAGCAAGGCUUCUUUCCUUCUCCUCAUCACCUUGUCCCAUGAAGAUACAAAGACCCUCCAAGCAGAGCAGAAACCCCUCACACUGCUGUGUAUUGGCUGCUCUCUUAUUGCACCUACUGUUCUUCUGCUGCUGAAAAGCUUCUGGAAAGCAUGUUACAAAUCAUCAAAGCUGCCAAGAAAAUCAUCUGCAGCCCUGGUUUUGUUCUUCGAGUUCCUUGUUUCUGUGGGGUUAGCAGUGCUUACCAUUGUAGCAAUGCCACACUUGGACAUUGUAACCAAUGUGACCAUCCUAAACAGUGUAGCUGUCCUCUCUGCAUUCCUGCAAGCCGUCGCUCAGUGCACUGCCAAAAGGAUGAACAUCUUCCUGCUGCCUUCCAUCAUCGCAAUCCUGUUUAUUUUUGUUGGUUACUGCCUUUUCCUGGUCCUGUACAUUUUGAAAGACCCCACCGAUGUGAAGACAGCCAUCUGGGUGGGUCUUGCUGUUGGUGGGUCGAUCUUGGUAUCUUUCAACUGGUGGGAGAAUUACGUCAGGGUGAUCUGUGUGAAUAGCAAAUCCAACUUCCUCAAAAAUCUGUUUGAAGACUUGAUCAAGAGUCAGAACAUGCUGCACAUCAUGUCCAGCUUACUGAGGAUUGUGGUCACUGCCUGUGUGCUUGGUGCCUAUGUUCCUCUGGCCAAGAUGGACUGGGACAUUGUGACCUCCAUUCCAAGCAGGGAAACAAGAAUUGUAGCCAUCAUCGUUGGGGUCCAACUGAUCUCCUCUGCACUCUGCCAUUGGUUUGCUUUGGCAGCCUGUAAGAUGCAUGCUGUACGCAGAUGCUUCAUCGUGCCUUUGUACCUGGCUUCACUGGCUGUGAUGGUGCUGUUCAUCGUCCCUGUUAUUCUGGAUUAUCAGGACCACCAAUUAAUCUUGAACACAACUGAAAACAUCAACUUCACAAGGUACUGCGUUGAUGCUGUGAUUGUAAGAAAUCAAAGUCUGAGUGGUGACCUGUUCCCACAUCUGGUUUUGGAUGUUGCCCAAACACUCUGCUUCCUGGACCUGUCCAACACAGCCAACAUCGGCUUACUGACAGGUGCAGCAGCAUCAUGGUGGAUUGGUCUUGUGCUGGCUACUAUCCAUAUAUGGUAUUUUAACAUUUAUCGCAUCCAGAAGACACAAGACUUGUUUGGUCGGAGACUCUAUGAGGGAGCCUUUAUUGAGCAGUCCUUACUCCUCAACACCCGUUUCAACACUGAGACCAGAAAACGCAAGAAGAAACAGAAUAAGGAGAACGCCACUCCUGCUAUGUUGUAUCUUUGUGCAACAAUGUGGCAUGAGACCUAUGAGGAGAUGAUGAACAUCAUGAUCUCAAUUUUCAGACUGGACCAGUACAGACCAAAGAUAGAACCUAAGUUUGAUGAUUUCACCUUUGAAGCUCAUAUCUACUUUGAUGACGCCUUUGAAAAUGCCAAAGGAAAUCAGGAUCGUCACCUGAACACAUAUGCAAAGGACCUUGUGCAAAUUAUCACAGAGGUUUAUGGCAUCUUCAAGAACCUUAAUAAAACAUUCUUUGGAGUACAGCAGCAAAUUCCGGAUCAGUCAAUCAUAGAGACGCCAUAUGGAGCCAGACUUGUUGUUGAAAUGCCUCAUGGGAAUAACAUUGUCGCUCACUUCAAAGACAAACAGAAAAUUCGGAACAAAAAGAGAUGGUCUCAGGUUAUGUAUCUUUACUAUCUUUUGGGUUGGAAACUCAUGACCAAAUAUCACAGACGCUGGCAAAAGGGGUCUAAUGAAAAUGAUCUGAGGAAAGAGUUCCAGAGAGAGAAACACAACACCUACCUCUUGGCUUUGGAUGGGGACACAGACUUCCAACCAGCUGCUGUGAUGCUUCUUAUUGAUCGUCUGAAAAUGUAUCCCCGUGUUGGUGCAGCAUGUGGCAGAAUUCACCCCACUGGAUCAGGUCCUGCUGUUUGGUUCCAGAAGUUUGAGUACGCUGUCAGUCACUGGCUGCAGAAGACAGCUGAGCAUGUCUUUGGCUGUGUACUGUGCAGCCCUGGCUGCUUCAGUCUGUUCAGGGCAGAGGCGCUAAUGGACGAUAACGUGAUGAAGAAAUAUUCAACCAAAUCCACAGAGCCCAGCCACUACAUCCAAUAUGACCAAGGUGAGGACCGCUGGCUGUGCACUCUGCUUCUGAAACAAGGCUGGAGAGUGGAAUACAAUGCAGCAUCUGACGCCUACACCAACGCACCACAGGACUUUAAAGAACUGUACAACCAGCGGAAACGAUGGGGCCCUUCCACGAUGGCAAACGUUGUAGAUCUGCUCGGUUCCACCAACCUCGUUUCCAAGAAGAAUCCAUCAAUGUCCAAACCAUUCAUGUUCUACCAGCUGUUUGCCAUGAUUUCAGCCAUUCUUGCUCCGGCCACCAUCUGUCUCAUGGUUGCAGGGAGUCUGUCCUUCAUUUUGGAUAUACCUUCUGCUGCUGCUCUGGUCAUAGCUGUGAUACCUCCUGCCAUUUACUUGGGUCUUUGCUUUAAGCUCAAGGCAGACACUCAGAUCACUAUUGCAGCAGUGUUGAGUGUCAUGUAUGCAUUCCUUAUGAUGGUAGUGACAAUGUCCAUUAUUGCCUCAAUGGUGAAGGAACAGACCAUUCUGACACCCAGCAGCAUUUUCAUCGUGGCCAUGUCAGUAAUUUACAUUGUCACUGCACUGCUGCAUCCUCAAGAACUUCCUUUGCUGUUCUAUGGAUUACUCUACAUCAUCUGCAUCCCAAGUGCCUACCUCCUGCUCACCAUCUACUCCAUGGUCAACAUGAACAGUGUCUCAUGGGGAACCAGAGAAACAAAACCUACUGCAGAAGCUGCAACAACUGCAGCCGCCAUACAGCAAACUAAAUCACAAAAAGCAAAAAGUACCUUCAAACGACUCUGCUCCUGGAAGAAAUGUCAAAAAUCCAACCAGCGAGAAGAAGACAAUCAGCUCGGUGUGAGACAGGAGAUCCCAGAGCCUAUACAGCUUGAACCUCAACCACAGAACAGUAUUGUGGAUGAUUCCCCCCAAAAUGAAGAGGAAGAGGAGACCAUUUUUGACUCUCCAGUUCAAUGUUGGAAAGCAGAAGUGGAGAGUUUGUCCAGCGACAUUCAGCUGCAGGUGGAUUCUCUUGAUGAGGAUGAGGACCAGUUUUGGAAGGAACUUAUUGAAAAGUAUCUGGAACCUCUGCAAAAUGACAAAGAAAAACAGGAAAAGACUAAAAAUGAGCUGCAAGAGCUCAGAAACAAGGCAAGUAUGGAGGACUGGAUUGUAAUGUGUUUGAGAUAUGCUAGAAAAUAUAUAUUUUUUAUGCUAACCUUUGUACUUCUUUUCUAACACAGAUUAAUUUUUCAUUCUUCUUCUUGAAUGCCCUGUGGCUGGUGGCAGCCUUCGUCUUUCAAGUCUUCAAGGUCUUUGACAUUCAGAUUGACAUUGUUGACUUGAACCUCAACGAAACUGGUGGAAAAUUCCAAAUUGAGCCAAUGAGCCUCAUGUUCAUCCUGGGCUUUGCUAUUUCAGUUUUGCUUCAGUUUAUUGGGAUGUUGUGCCACAGAGUCUUCACCAUCAUUCAUUAUGUGGCAUUUUUAGAAACGGAGCCAAAGCAACAGAAAUCUGGUGCAAUAAAACAGAAUGACUCCAUUUCCAAUGCAGAUUCAAGCUCAGGCUUUUCUUCCAUUACUGACCUGAACAACAUCACAAAGGAUGAAACUGAGCUUGAAUCAAGUGAUGGGUGGGACAGCGGUAACGACUCUCCAGAGUUGGACUCUGAGGACGGAACUGAGGACGUUUAAGUUUUAAACAAGAUUUUCUUUUAACACUUUUGACACUUUGAUGUAUUUCCUGUUUGAUCAUUUGAAAUGAUGAUGCAAAGUAGGACACAUACCAUCAAGAUAACCUCAAUAUGAAGUAUUUUAUUUAAUAUUGUGAUUUUUUAAAACUAUUUAAGACUUCUAAAAUAUAGUUCACGCAACAGUGUUUUUUUUUAAUGUUGUUCCAAAUGUUACUGUGUCAUGUGCAGACUGAGUCUGGAAGUCAGUGGUUAUUUAUUUUGAAUCAGUUAGUCAUUAAUUAAAGAUUAUUAACAUUGUUAAUGUUUAUUUUAUUCUUUUAUCUGCCAUUUUUAUUAAAACUGUAAUUUCAGUUUAUUGCAGUUUAUAGGAGGUAAAAACUGAAGGUUGAAUUGAUUUUGAAUGUAAAUUAAUUGAGGUGUUGCUACUGUUGUAAGUUAAUCAAGAAGGUUUUUCCGAUGAAUUCUGCUGGGAUCACUUCUUGGACACAUACAGGUAUUACCUUGAAAAUAGUUUUGUUAAAGUGCAAAUACUGAAUUAUUUUAGUUGUUUUUACAUUGCUCUGUGUGACCAGGAAAUCAUGCACAUUGUUUAUAAAUUUUAUUUCCUGUUGUCAUUUCAGUUUCUUCUUUUUCUGUUCAAACCGUGGAAAUGU